AUGAUCGGUGACCUGGAAGACCUCGAAAGGGACAUUGCAUGUGGUCUCGAAAAGGUUGCCAAAGGAUUGCAGGAACGAUAUGUGGAGUUCCAACCGCUUUUGAAAGUUGCCGAGGAAGACAUUGUUCUGAAACUGGAGGAUUUAUCAAACUCUGUGAAUGAAAAGUUGCAACUUGCUGACAGUUUUCUGCGCGAAAACAGUAUGGAUGCAUCAUCUCGAGACCAGGUUUUUGAUGAAUUCGUUUCGUAUCCUUCAACGGAUGUGAAGGGUACGGUUCAUAUGCAUAUACGGAACAGCGAUUCGAAAGACAUAUCUGAGAUGUUGGCAGCUUUGAGCUUGCUGGGUGAACUCGACAAACGAAUGAAGAAAUGGGCAACGUAUGUGGUAAAGAACUUCGUUCAGCCUAUAAUCGACAGCCAAAAUGGUGUGGACCCGUACGAAAGAUUUACUAUUUCGAAUGACACAGCUGAAUUCACCGCAAGCUCCAAGGUCAGACCAACGGUUAACGGUAUUUCUAUCGAGGGAGUUGUUAGCAGUUUGAAGCGCUUCUUCUCUCACUUGGCAUCAGCUACCAACGAAAUUGUUCUGAACAAUCGACCCUUGUCGUUAUGUCUCGGAGGAUUCUUCCAGGAGGAACUUAUGACCGUGUUUCUGAAGCAAUGUGUUGCUGCAUCAAUACCGGUGCCGGAUUCUGAUGGUUCGAAACUGAAACAUGCUAUGGAAAUCGCCGAACAGUUCAGAAAAGAUAUGAUUGAGUUGGGCUUCUUCAACGAUGCAACGCCAACGUUCCAAGCAUUUUCUGAGCAACAUUUCACUGUGUUCAUCGAUCGAAGAUGUUUGGAAGUUAUAAAAAGAGCCAAAGAAUUGAUUUGUAUGCCAUAUUUGGAGCUCGCCGAGGUGGGUAAUGGUGAAGAAGUCAGCGAGGAGACCAUUCUCCAAUACAAAGAAGCAUUUGGUAAAAUGAUGCCGAAAUCGAUUACUGCAUGUGAUAGCUUGUACCCAUUGCUACUACAGCUACCGCGUUGCAAAGUCAGCCAAUCAACAGUUGAUUUGAUGGAGCUUCUUUUUACCACAUUGAACGAUGCCGUUACUACCGACAACGAGAAGUUGAGCGCUCGUCUCGCGUUGACUGCACGUAAUGUGGUCCAAUUGUUUGAGUUGACAGCACCAAGACACCAUGGAACAGCGAUUUCGUCGAUGCCACAAAUGGCUGCAAUAUUCUAUAAUGAUUGCAAAUACAUUUGUCACCGCCUUAUGUUGAUGCCGUUCAGCGUGUUGAAAGGUGUUGAUAAACAGUCUCAAAAGUAUGCCAAUUUCCGUCCGAUUCUGACAGAUUCGUUGUGGAAACUUCGAGAAAUAGCGGCUGAUAUGUUAGAGCAGGCGGAGCUACAACUACAACAAAUAGCUGAGCAAGAGAGGACACAAUCCAUGACAGCCAACAAAUUGAAGGAAAUGUGGAAAGAGGCAAGCCAGGCUUUACGAAAGAAACUGCUCAAAGACUUUCCCGCCUUCAAACUGCUCGAUAAGACAGCGAGAAAGAGGAAGCAAAAAUAA